AUGGCUGCUACGACAUUAACGACAGCGAUGACGACAGUGACGACGACGACGGACAGGAGUAAUUGGAAGGAAAACAAAGCUCUGGUGUGGAUUUGGAAGGGAGUCGAGUUUGUGGCGGCGCAGUGGUUGCUCAUUGGAUUCGGCGUGGCAUGUGUGCUUGGAUGCUUCUUCCCACAUGUCGCAGAACAUGGGGGUGUCAUCAGAUCAGAGUAUAGCAUCCUAUAUGGUGCCGUGGCAAUUAUAUUUCUGAUCAACGGACUGCAGCUUCCUCCGGAUAAGUUGAAGCAGAACCUGACAAAUUGGAGGCUGCAUAUCAUGGUUCAGGGCUGCAGCUUUGUGAUUAUUCCUGUGAUUAUGCUGGCCUUUGUACACAUCUGUCUUGCGGCUGGCGCCCUCCGGCACGGCACUCCUUCUAUCCCCAUCAUCCUCGGCAUGCUCGCCACAGCCUGUCUCCCCACCACAAUCGCCUCCAACGUUGUCAUGACACGCUCAGCAGGAGGCGAUGAAGCUGCGGCCGUCAUCUCAGUAGUCAUUGGCAACACACUCGGCUCGUUCCUCACGCCAAUCUUGAUAUACGGCUUCAUACCGCGCGAUUCCGUCUUUGACAACUGGCGACCUGCGGACCCGAGUACCCUGGGCGACAUGUAUGCCAACGUGGCCAAGCAGCUUGGCUUGAGCGUCUUGUUACCCCUGGCAGUGGGACAGGCGGUGAGGUGGUGGAAGGGGGAUCUUGUAGCAAAGGUGCUGAGGGUGACGAUGUUGGGAAAGCUACCGGCUGUUUGCUUGAUACUGCUAGUAUGGACCACAUUUUCAGGCGCAUUCGGCACUGGUGCGCUCUACAAGCUAUCUAAAGAAGACGUCAUCUUCAACGUCUUCAUUAAUAUCGGCCUCUACAUGAUCUUCACCCUCAUCUGCUUCUACCUCGCUCGCCCACCCGCCUUUCUCGCAACAUACGUCAACCCUCAUGUCAAGGAAUCUCGUCUGCCCGAAUGCGUCAAACGUAUAGUCUCUGUUAAGAAAAUGUCUAAGGAACAGACCAUUGCCGUGUGCUUUUGCGGAGCGGCGAAAACGACAAGCUUGGGUAUCCCUUUGGUAACGUCCAUGUGGAACCAGGCGGAUGAUUUGACAAGGGCGUUUAUCACGAUUCCAGUUUUGCUUUAUACAAUUGAACAGGUCUUUAUGGCUCAAGGUCUAGUCUAUUAUUUUAGAUGGUAUUUACGACGCGAUCGAAAACCAGGUGCUAGUAAUGCAGGGAUUGUUGAUGAGGAGCAACCUGCGACAACAGGAGAUCACGAAAGCGAUAUAACGGCUCAUGAUAAUGAUGAUAACGAGGAAGAAAGAGUGCCGGUAGAAAGGGUUGAAGAGAAAGACACUGUGAAAAGCGGAUAG